AUGGCGGGCGACGGCCUCGGCGUCAUAGCGCUCAUAUCAGGCGGCAAGGACAGCUUCUUCAGCCUGCUGCAUUGCAUCCGCCAGGGACACAAGGUGGUAGCCCUGGCAAAUCUGCUCCCCGCAUCCGAGGCGACGUCGACGGGCGUCCAAGUCAUCGACCCCUCGGCUCCUGCUAGUGACUCUGCCGUCGCCGAGGAUGUCGCCGAGGAUGCGUCUGCCACCGCAUCCGACCUCAACAGCUUCAUGUACCAGACUGUGGGCCACGAGGUCAUCCCGCUGUACGCGGCCGCCACAGGCCUCCCCCUGUACCGCCAGGCCAUACGCGGCGGGGCCCAGCGUCACGAGCUCGAGUACGCGGGCGGGGCGUCGGACGAAGGCGGCGACGAGACCGAGUCCAUGACCACGCUCCUACGGGAGGUCAUGCGCCGCCACCCAGAGGCCAACGCCGUCAGCGCCGGCGCCAUCCUGUCCACGUACCAGCGCACCCGUGUCGAGUCCGUCGCCCUCCGCCUCGGCCUCGUGCCCCUCGCCUACCUGUGGAAGUACCCCGUCCUCCCGCCGCCGGCCGACUCCCCAGGAGCCGACGACGGCCAGCUGCUCAAGGAUAUGGCGCUCGCCGGCCUGGACGCCCGCCUCAUCAAGGUGGCCAGUGCUGGGCUGUCGGAGGAUGACCUGUGGGAGCGCGUCUCCAGCACCGCCGGAGCGGACAGGGUCAAGGCAGCGCUGCGUCGGUUCGGUGCCGCUGGCGGCGCGGUCCUCGGCGAGGGAGGCGAGUUUGAGACGAUCGUCAUCGAUGGCCCGCCCGAGCUCUUCCGGAAGAGGAUCAGCGUGGCGCCCGAGAGGAGGCGGACCGUCCAUGAAGGCGGAGGCACGACGUGGCUCGUGCUUCACGAUGCCGCCUCCCUGGAAGACAAGCCGCAGGAGUCGGCCGCCGCGUCUCCUCCACGGGUACCGGAUCUGUUCGAUGCCGGAUUCCAGGCGAUAUUGGACCGUUCGACGACGACGCCCACCGAGCACCCCGGCCCUGGUACGCGGGUGUCCUCGGCCCUGCUGGGGACGCUACCGAACAAGGUUCCCGCACCGAACCAUCUGCUUCAGUGGAGUGUGUUUGCUACCGACGGCGGCUCUGUCGAGGCCGAGACCGCCGACGUCGUCAGCAGGAUCCGUCACCUCCUGUCUUCACGUUCCCUGGAUGCAAGUCAGAUAUCUAACACGGUCGUCAUUCUGCGACGAAUGUCCGACUUCCCUGCCAUCAACGCCAAGUACGGUCAACUCUUCGCCAGGCCAAACCCUCCGUCCCGGGUCACUGUCUCGUGCGGAGACCUGCUUCCAGCAGACCGCUCCAUCGCCGUAUACCUCACGGUGGACACCACCCCGUCGGGAACCGGCAUGGACAGACGCGGUCUGCACGUCCAGUCACGUUCUUACUGGGCCCCGGCCAAUAUCGGACCUUACAGCCAGGCAGUGGGUGUCGCGGCUACGACUGCGAGCAGCGGUCCCAGGUCCUGGUCUGUGGCCGGCCAGAUCCCCCUCGUCCCGAGCUCCAUGGAGCUUCCUGGCCCCUCGGGGACGUCACGGCAGACGCAGAUUGUCCUCUCGCUGCAGCACCUCUGGCGGAUCGGCAGAGACCUCGACAUCCAGCUGUGGACCAGUGCAGUGGCGCUGUUUGCCCGGUCAGCUUCGGACGAAGAGAUGCAGAGAAACUCGGCACUCGCGGGCCAGGCCUGGCGCCUGGCCCACGGAUCACCGCGCGACGACGACGACGACGACGACGAAGCCGGCGGUGGGCCCGACCUGUGGGACCUGAAAUACAACCCCAAGUACAUGAGCUUAGCGGGCGGAGCCGGGCAACGGAAACAGGCGGAAACGCCUCUGCCCGACUGGGAAACCAUGACCCUUGACCAGCAGAACGACGCGGAGACGUGCGUCCCUCCCGUAUUCUCCGUCGAGGUAGAGGAACUGCCCAAGCAGGCGGCGGUCGAGUGGCAGGCUCACGUCGGCCUCUCGCAGGUGGACGACUCGAGCGUCGAGAUGCUGUACCAGGCGACUAUCCAGGGAGGUCAUGCGGGAUGGAAAGCCUGGCACAUCGUUGCCCGAGGGGCUGAUGACGCCGUGUACCUGCACACAACGCUGGCAAAGGAUCUCGAUGCUCCCGGCGAUCUGGGACACAUCCAGCAGGAUAUGGCUUCCACAUACGAGGAUGCAUUGCGGGAACUCGACCUUGGCGGCGGCGACGGCAAUGGCAGUGGUGUGCAGAAUUCUUCACCGUACCUGGCUUACAUCGACGCCGACAAGGUCGGAUCCCCGUGGAAAGAUGCAACGACCGUGUCGGAGCCAGAUGGUCUUGCCUGGAUGCCCUGCCGGUCAAUUUGGUCGCCGGAUGGGACACGUUUGGCGGUCAUUAGCGUAUACAGGAUGACGGUAACAUGA